CCGGAAGGAGCCGCGGGCUCCAAGAUGGCGGCGCGCUGCGCGUGAGGGCGGGCGGGAGGCGCCGCUCGGAGCUGUGGCUCGCGGGUCUGUGCGUGUGAGCCGGAGUAGCGUUGUCCUCACGGCUGCGGUGCGCUCGUGUUUCACGCGCCUUUCUCAGAACGUCCGGGGAAAUAAAUGUCGGUCUUUUGUGUCUGUUUGUAGGGGAAAUGUUUGUCUGCGCUUUAGGACAGAACCGGCGGAGCCGCGGGCACGGGGCAGCGAGGAGGGCUGCUGUUUGUUUUUGUGGAGAAAAGUAGAGAACUCAGAGACGAGCGGGAUACGUUCGCCGACCGCCCUUCUGCUGGGGGCACGUGAGAGGAGCCGGGUUUCUCCAGGAAGAGGCAGUAUUUGAACAAAAUGUACGGAACUGAGCUGUGCGUUCACUGCGUUGGUUUCUGAGGAGGAGCCGCGCCGUGCGAGGAGCCUUCAGUGCACGGCGCUGUGUGCUGCUUUCCUCUCACGGCACGGUCGGGUGCUUUUAACACAGCUUAAUGAGCGGUGUUCCCUCCUGGAGCGUCUGCUGUCCGUGGUGAACUGUAGCUGUUGGAGCGCUGUGGAAGGGAACGCUGAAGCACCGUAACUUAGUUGUUGGUGUGAGCUGUUUCCUCACGCCACAGGGCAGCGUUACCGAGCUGAAGGCUGGCUGUGUUUGCUUGUAGGUUGGAUUCCCCCAUGCGCAGCCCGGUGUCUCGUCAGGGCACAGGGGAGGCGGUGUGACUGCAGCUUGCCCGAGGCCUUGAAGCUGCCCCGAGGUCGUGCUGGGCAGAGCAGUUGCAUGGCAGCUGUCCCCACAGCGUCCCUCUGACUGACUGCCGUGCCAUGGGAGAUGUCACGGGGAAGGAGAUGGAUAACCUCACGUUCAAAAGUGACACCGUCCUUUCUGAUGUGCACUUGCACUGUCCCAACAAAAGUCAUCUCAUGGUACGAUUGAAUGCAGUCGGACAGCCAGUGUUCCUGUCGUAUUUCAAACUCCUUUGGAACACAGAUGAUCAGGCCUCUGAGAAAUAUGCAAGAGAAACUACAACUGAAAGAGAACACCAGUACAGAAGUGGAGCUGAACUAACUAGCAAGGAUGGGAAUAAUCUGAAAUAUGAAAAGGAAUUGAAUACUGAAGGAAUAGAAGCUCUGCUAGACGAGGACGGAGACUUGGACGUGGUCAGAAGACCUCAAAGAGCCAGUGACUCAGAGGCAGAGGAUCUUAUGAGGGAUAGAGUAUAUCCUGUAAUUCUGAUGAAAGGAAAAGAAAAUGCUUUUGAGGAUGAAGAACAAGAAUGCACUUGCAGAAAUGUUGUUAAAAUAGAGCAUACUAUGGCAACCCCCUUAGAAGAUGUUGGUAAACAAGUCUGGCGUGCAGCCUUUCUUCUUGCUGAUUAUAUUCUGUUUAAACGGGAUGUGUUCAGGAGUUGCACAGUGCUAGAGCUUGGAGGUGGCACAGGAAUUGCAAGCAUUAUCAUGGGAAUGAUUGCUAGCAGAGUUUAUUGCACAGAUGUUGGUGAAGAUCUUUUGGCCAUGUGUGAACAAAAUGUUGCAUUAAACAAACACCUGAUGGAACCAGGAGGAGGAGAAAUUAAAGUAAAAGAACUAGACUGGCUGAAAGAUGAAUUCUGCACUGAUCCGGAAGCUCUCUAUAGCUGGUCUGAAGAAGAGAUUGCAGAUUUGCAUGACCACUGUACUGUGAUAAUGGCAGCUGAUGUGUUCUAUGAUGAUGAUCUGACAGAUGCCUUAUUCAGAACGUUGUAUAGAAUCACACGUAAUGUGAAACAUUCUUGCACAGUUUUCCUAGCCAUAGAAAAGAGACUGAAUUUCACUUUAAGACAGAUGGAUGUUACGUGUGAAGCCUACAGUCAUUUUCGAAGUACUCUAAAUGAUUUGGAGAACCUUCAUGAUGGAAAAAUGAAAUACAGUGUGGAACCCAUUAAGCCUGAUUUCUGCCAGUUUCUCAUUUAUGAAAGGAUUGAGCAGUUGGAAUUGUGGAAGAUCACUGCUGAUCAGCUAACGUGACAGGGACCUGAGAAAAUAGAAGAUCUUAAUCUAAGCAUAAUAUUUUGGGGGGGUGUUUUAUUGAAAAAAUUCCUGUUGAAUCUGAGUUCUCAGAAAGUAAUUCCCUGCAGAUUUGCCUUACCUCAGCAAAUCUUGUUUUUUUGGCUCUUAGAAUGUGGUUCCUUUGCUUCUGUUACGAAACUGGUUAAUGUUGAUCUUCAGAGGACGUGCUGGCUGAGCAGCUGUGGCAGUGACACAGAACUGCACAUUCUCUGGGACUGAUGACUUAGGCUUUAGUUUCUAACAGAGAGGUAUUUCACCUUGAUCCAUAUGGCCGAUUUGCAGAUGUCACGCGUGUUACUUUUUAGUUUUCUGAACUUGGAUACAGUUCUCAGUCUUACUAGAGUUGCACAUUAUUUGUAUUUAUGGACAACUGUGAAAGAAUCUAUGGGCAAACCCUGUUUGUCAUUCACGGACUUCCAUUUAAGCAAUCUGGUUAUGAAACCUAGCUCUUUGUUUUGGGUUUGUCUUAUCUCAAUUGUUCUAGCUUAGGGCAACUGUCUCAGUGCAAAGGAGGCAAGGUACAUUUUCAAAUGUUCCACAGAAGUCCUAGAGCUGUAUUGUCCUGGUGGCAUUCUAAGCUAUUCAAUGUUUGCCAGGUUGAGGAUGGGAAGGGGAGGUGACGUACUCCUCCCUCUUAAAAUGUUGGAGUUCUCAGUGUGGAUGUGUGAGGCCGGGAAGAAGGUGACCCAGAAUGUCUUGUCUCUGCAAAUGAGGCUUUCAGUGCCUUAGCUUUUGGAUUAAAGUAUGAUGGAUUUAUCAAUUCUCCUCUGUGUUAUUAAUGAAACCAAAAAUCAUAGUGUUUAUACCCAUUACAAAUUCUGUGCGUACUAUAGUGUUGAUGUUUAUAUCACUUGCCAUAUGUGCACUGUCACUUACAUUCUUGUGCCUGCUGGAUUCUUUAGCAUUGUGAGAAUGUCAUGAUAAAACUGUUCCAGCCUGUGACACGUGGGAGUGUGUACAUCACAUUAGAAGCAUCUGGUUGUCUUUGUGAAAGUCUGUUUUACAUUUGCUUUACUUUGGUCCUUUUAGGUCAGUUAUUCCAUAAUGCAUGAGCAUUAGGGUAUAUUUUGCAUGAAGAUAUAUUUAUUUUUCCUGUCGCUUAACGAGAUGAAAGGUCAUUAGAGAAAGAUGAUGGCUUUUUCCUGCGAGUAAAAUCAAAAUGUAAAAAUUAUGUUAUGUGGUAUGUAUCUGCCUAGAUUAACAUAGAACAUUUCUCUCACAAUUCUCAUUUAAACAUCAAAGAUAAACAAACAAAACCCCUGUAUCUUAAUCCAGAGAUUCCCAACUCGAGCUCUUAUUUCUGGUUCAUGCACUGAUUUUGACAGCACACCACCUCUCCUGUCCUGAGAGACCCCCAUUAAUGAUGGAACCUAACACACCCUAGAUGUGCUCUGUGGACAUUCUGUGUGUGUUUUUAUGGACCUUUCACAGGGGUGGCCCACAGACUGAGUGAAUGAUAUCUGUGUAUACAUUGAAGGAUGCUGAUUAAUGCGUUGGUUAGGGUGGGAUCUGAGCACUACUUAAGUGGUGUGGAAUAAGGGGUUUUUGGCUGUUUUUAGCUGAGAUAGAGUUAAUUUUUUCAUAGUGGCUUGGACCAUGCUGUGUUUUGAAUUUGUGAUGAAAACGAUGUUGUAACACACCCGUGUUUGAGUUGUUGCUGAGCACUGGUCAUACAGCAUCAAGGUCUCUGUUUCUGGGAUGCCCUUGCAGGAUGUGGGUAGGGCACAGCCAGGACAGUGAACCCCAGCUGCCCAGCAGCAGAUUCCAUACCACCUGAUGUCCUGAUCAGGAAUAAAAGCUGGAGGACAGAUGGGAUGGGGGUAUCCUAGAGUUGUGGUGUUUGUCUUCCCAAGUAGCCACUACUCAUGAUGGACAUUUGCUGCCCUGGCUUGCAGGCAGCAGUGAUUGGAUUCCUUAUGCUUUGCUUGCUUGAACAGCUUCUGCUUUACCUGUUAAAUUGUCUUUAUCUCAAACCAUGGAUAUUUUUCACCUUUACUGUUCCAUUUCUCUCCCCCAUCCCACCUGAGGGGAAUAGGCGAGCUGCUCCGUGAGGUGGAGUAGCUGCCAGUGUUAGACUGCAGCAGUUUGGUUUGUGAUGUUAUUUACCUGGGGGGAUUAACUGCAGACAACUUCUUUUGAGUGUAUCUGCAACUUAAGUAGUGAUUUUUAUUUUUUUGAAUGUUCAAUAGCAAGAAAUGAAUUUGAACUGAUGUAAGAUAGUCUGUACAGUUACAGAAACUCAUCCAGGCAAGGAGGUGCUGGGAUCUGUUUAAUGUAGAAUUGAAGCUGGUUUAAAUUAGCAUCUGAAAAAAAAAAAUAACAUUUGUGUCUUUGGCUGAGCAACUACAGACAUCACUGCUUUUUGGAAGUAAGAGGAAGUAGAAUUUCCUCCUAAAGACAUGGAGCUAAUCCUGCUGUUGAAGGGAGUCUCAGGGUUCAGUGUCUGAGGCUGUAAGUAUAGGCAGCAGUAGAUAUAGUUGCUUUAAACCAGUUUCAGCUCACCCAAGAGAGGAAACAGUCACAAUCUGAUAAUAAAGAAGAAAUUUUUUCCCCUUUCUGAGGAUCAGGGCUCACCAAACAGUACAAAGGAGGUGAUCUGCAAGUAGAGAUGCUUCCCUUGCAGCUGCCAGCCCUUAAGUGAGGUUAAUGAUCACACAGGUGACUUGCUCACAGCUGUGCUCCUAGGGCUGGCUACACCCCUUCACCAGCUGCUCAAUCACUGGUUCAGGCCAUGACCCAUCCCUUCCCAUACAGAGGUGUAAAGGUCAGCUUGUACAUUUGGAUAUGACACCACAGAUGAUAAGGAAUAGCCAGAAACAGGCAGUAUCUAAGAACAGGAGAGUUGCAAAGAGCCUUAAAAUGCUCUGGCUUUGCAGUGUUAAUGAGAAGCACGAACUGACCUGCCAGAGAACUGGUAAGGGUAUCUAUCACCUUCUCAGUCUUGUCUGGAAUCAUGCUCUAUGUAGGUCAUGCUCAGCACAUAAGUUUAUACCUUCAGCAGUCCGUUGUCUGUUAGGGCUAGAAACAGGAAAUGGUUUAAUGUAAAGCAUGCAGAUCAUAAUUGGAAAUCCAGCUGGUGCCUGAAAUGAUAAUGCUUCUGGCACCUUGUCUGUGUUUAUACCAUCAGGAAGGUCUUGUUUUCCUAAUAAAGCAUCGUCUUGAAAAUAAUGUGCUCAUGGGGUGGUGUAUCUGAAUUUUGUAUAAUUCCAAUCAUGAAGUGCAGUUUGUUGCCAGCACGAGAGACUGACCCAGCUGCUCCCUCGGGGCCUUGUGGAGCAGAUCCCCACUCUGCUGCUCCGGGGCUGGAGAGCUGCUGUGCGCAGAGCUGUGUGAGAAGCACGGCUCGGUGAUGUCCAGGUGUGGCUGGGCUGUGGGACCUGCAGGCUGGCAGGUGCACACCGACAUCAUCUAUUAACUCUCAAAGCAGAAUCAUAGUUACGUAAGAACCUUGACGAGUGUUUGCGCCGCUUAUUAUUUAGGCAUCUCGCGGUAAACAUCGUGCACUUUUUGCAGUACACCGUUCUGAUGCUUUAUUAUCCUUAGCGAUUAAAAAGCGCUUUGUUAGCAAAGCUGCCGUCUUUCUUGCAGCGGUGGGACUGCCGCGCCUUCGUCGUUGUAACAAACCACGAGAGGUAUCGGAGUUCCGCCCCACGGUACGUGCGAACGCAGCACCGCUUCGGGUGC